GGAUGAGGCCAGCGCGACUCAUGAAGGUGUUCGUCACCCGCAGGAUCCCCCCGGAGGGCAGGGCCGCACUCGCAAAAGCGGCAGACUGUGAGGUGGAGCAGUGGGAUUCCGAUGAGCCCAUCCCCAGAAAGGAGCUUGAGCGAGGUGUGGCUGGAGCCCAUGGCCUGCUUUGCCUUCUCUCUGACCGUGUGGACAAGAGACUCCUGGAUGUGGCAGGAGCUAAUCUCAAAGUCAUCAGCACGCUGUCCGUGGGCACUGACCACUUGGCUUUGGAUGAAAUCAAGAAGCGUGGGAUCCGCGUGGGCUAUACCCCUGAUGUCCUGACGGAUGCCACCGCCGAACUCGCAGUGUCCCUGCUGCUUACCACUUGCCGCAGGUUGCCGGAGGCCAGUGAAGAAGUGAAGAAUGGUGGCUGGACCUCAUGGAAGCCCCUGUGGAUGUGUGGCUACGGCCUCACCCAGAGCACCGUGGGCAUCAUUGGGCUGGGCCGCAUAGGCCAGGCCAUUGCUCGGCGCCUGAAACCAUUCGGAGUCCAGAGAUUUCUCUACACAGGACGUCAGCCCAGACCACAGGAAGCAGAGGAAUUCCAGGCAGAGUUUGUGUCUGCCCCCCAGCUGGCUGCCAUGUCUGAUUUCAUCGUGGUGGCCUGUUCCUUAACACCUGCAACCAAGGAGCUCUGCAACAAGGACUUCUUCCAGAAGAUGAAGAAAACCGCUGUGUUUGUCAACAUUAGCAGGGGAGAUGUGGUGAACCAGGACGAUCUGUACCAGGCCUUGGCCAGUGGUCAGAUUGCAGCUGCUGGACUAGAUGUGACCACCCCAGAGCCACUGCCUACAAACCACCCUCUCCUAACUCUGAAGAACUGUGUGAUCCUGCCCCACAUUGGCAGUGCCACCCACGGGACCCGCAACACCAUGUCCCUGUUGGCAGCUAACAACUUGUUGGCUGGCCUGAGAGGGGAACCGAUGCCCAGCGAGCUCAAGCUGUAACCUGAGAGGAGACAUGGAGGUCCGGAAGCCAAACAGUGCCCUGGCAUUCUCAGAUGUGACCAGGCUUGAUUUGGACCCACAGGACGGGAGCUAGGGGAGAGUCUGACCUGUACUGAUCCUGUAAAGGGAACACUGGUGCCAGUGAACGUUUGCCACUUUUGUGGUUGGAGAUCAUCUGAGCCAAAAGCAUACAAUUCCAUUAUUAAAUAACUCUGAG